AUGUGUCCUUUAAACAACAACUUCACUACACUUUAUCGCGCACAUAUUUCCUUAUUUUGUCAGAAUGACCAUCCAGCAGCAUUUGAAAAGGGAAUAAAAUCCCUUAUCAAUGUUCUGUUCAAAAUUUUGAUAUUCAAUUUAUACUACUCUUUUGACAAAAUUAAAGAGUGUGUUGGCGUAAACAUAGGAGAAAGAAGGGACACAGAAAUUAACAACAUUCAAAGAUUAGACAAAUCUAAAAGAAACAUUGAAAAAUUCAUUAAUUUGUGUUUAGUUAUUUUAAAAACGCUGAAAGGAGAUAGUAACUUUUUCACUCAAUAUGUGCUAGAGAAUUACUCCUCAAUUAACUUAAGUCAUAAUAAUGAAAGAACAAAGGGAAAAAAAAAAAUAAAAACAAAAUUUGAUAACGCUUUCUUGAUGUUUCAUUUGUAUAAUAAUUCACAACUUUCUAGAUGGAACAAUAGAAUAAAUGAUAUUAUUAAAGGCAUAGAUUUGAAUGUAGGAUGUGUAGAAAAACAUAAUGUAUACUUAGGAGAUAAAGAGGUCAAUUCUUAUGUUAACAAAAUUGUAACUAUAGAAAGAUACAUAGACAAACAUAAAAUGUAUUCCAAAAAAGAUUUUAUUUCUAAACUGAAUAAUUUUUUAAACGAUUUUUAUUUGAAAAAAAAUCCCACUAGCUUGGAUAAUGAUGUACUUAACAAGACAAAAAAAGGAAAAGAAAAAAAUUUAAUUGAUGAUGAUUAUGUGAUGAUUAAUUUAUUCUCAGAGUAUUUUAACAAUUGCAGAAGAAAAAAAAAACUAAUAAAUAUAUUAAUAAAAGAGGUAAAUUUGCAAAGUUUAAAAAAUUUUCACCAUAUUUUAUGUAAGAAUAUUAAUUUUAUUAGAAUUUUUAACAUGCAAAAUGAUGACAAACAUGACAUGGAUGCCAUACAGUUGUCUACCCUUUUUGAGUUUUAA